GGUAGUAGUGCUGGUGAAGGAAAUGGUGAUGGAUUAGAAGAGUUUAAGAUUGAAGAGAAGAUGGAAGUUCCAGAGGUGUUGAUUGGUAGAAGAAAGAUAAGGAGGAGAUCGUCUGUUGCUUCAAUGGAUCCUACUUCAGCAGUUGGAUCUCAAUCGAUUGGAAGUAGUUCUAGUUUAGGAACAGAUCAAAGAACUUUAGAGAGGGAUCUUCAAAGGCCAAGUUUGAGUGCGAAUUCGGUUGGACUUAAUUUGAAGAUGAGAUCACCACAUUUGAUCUCUUGUGCUUCUCCUUCGGUUGAAGUGACAUCUGUUUUAGUGACAGAUGAGAAUUCGAAAGGAGGAAACAGUCAUCAUCCUCAUCAUCAUCAUCAAAUUGGAAACUUGGGAGAGAAAUCACCUGCUUUAUCACUCUUAACCCCACCACCAUCUAAACAUAAAAAAACGGGUUUAGGUUCAUCACCUUCUUCUUCUUCACCUUUGGUUGAUUAUGAGAAUGGAACAUUGAAUGAAGCAGUCAAAGGAGAUCGUAGUUUGCCUUCUAGUAAUCGAACGAUUGUGGCUAGGAGAUCAUCAAGAGUAUUAGAAAAGAUGAAUGAACAACCAUCAACAUCUUCUUCUUCUUCCUCGACCUUGGGAUCACCUAAUCCUGUUCAAGGACUUGGAUUUCAGUUCUUGACUUCUACUUCUACUUCGAAUUUGAAUCCUUUACUUUCUCCUCGUCAUCCUUCUGCUGCUGCUUCUCCUCUGCUUUCUCCGGCUUCUUAUCCUCUUAAUCCUGCUCUUUCUUCUGUACCUUCUCCUCAUCAUCCGUCUACAUCUCCUUCUCUUUCUCUUUCUCCAUCACCAUCUCUAUCUCCAUCACCUGCACCUUCUCCAUCUCCAUCACCUGCUUUAAGUUGUUCAGAUCAUAAUGAAACAUAAACUUCAUGAUCAACAUAGUCUCAUUUUUUCUCUCUUUCUCUCGUACAUAGGCUCUUAUUAUUAUUCUUUUGUUGUUGUUGUUCAUAUGCACGAAUUAAAUAUUUUUUUUUCUCUUCCUUGUUUGUUUCUAUGUAUCUUAGUUUUUUUUUCUAUUCUAUUUAGGGAUUCUUAAAGAGUUUUUCUUUUUGCAAAAUAUGGGGUUUUUGAGGAAAAAUCGGUUGGGAAAAUGGAAGAAAAAUCAAAAAAAGUGUUGAUACAUACAUACAUAUAUAUAUUGUUUGAUCAAGUAAUUAGCUGGAAUUGUAGAGGUUCAAGUUUACAGUUUUUAUGAAUGGUUACUGUAUAGAGAAUUUUAUAGAGAUUUGGUACAUGGAGUUUAAGCUGAGAUCUGUGUAAGGUUUACGGAAAGUAUGCUUGUUUGAAACUAGGGAAAUGGUUUUUAUGAUUACUUUUUUGGUUGGUUUGGUUUAGUUGUAGGUGAAGUUGAGGUGUGCAAAAAAUCUAAAAAAAUAGAACAUGUGACGCAGUUUUUUC